AUGCAGACCGCCGGUCCUCCCGAAGGGGGCCCCCGCCAAGGACUCGUGGCCUCUCGCAUUGAGGCUUACGGGGGCCGGCAUCGGGGCCCUGCCCAGAGCACUGCGGGCAGUCUCUGUCCCCAAGAAGGCCCUGUGCGGGAUUUCAGCCGCCGCCUCCAGCCCUAUGUCCACUUUGCCAAGGGUUCCCGAGGCCUGUCUCCCAUGAGGCUGCGGGAACCAGAGCCCGAGAAGAAGCCUGGAGGCCACUGGGGGGCUGGCCCACCUUACUCCCCCAAACUCAAGGAUGUCGCCAAGGCCCCCAGCCUGGAGGUGAGGCUGCACGUCUUCAGCAUGUUUGGGAUUCCUCGCCUGCCCCCCGAGGACCGGCGGCACUGGGAGAUGGGAGAGGGUGGUGACAGUGGCCUGGCCAUCGAGAAGUCCUGGAAGGAGCUGGUGCCCGGGCACAAGGAGAUGAGCCGGGAGCUUUGCCACCAGCAGGAGGCACUGUGGGAGCUCCUGACCACCGAGCUGAUCUACGUGAGAAAGCUCAAGAUCAUGACCGAUCUCCUGGCUGCCGGCUUGCUGAACCUGCAGCGCGUGGGCCUGCUGACCGAGGUGUCAGCUGAGACCCUAUUUGGAAAUGUCCCCAGCCUGAUUCGAGCCCACCGGAGCUUUUGGGAGGAGGUGCUAGGGCCCACCCUGGAGGAGACCCGCACCUCGGGCCAACCCCUGGACCCCAUCGGCCUGCAAAGCGGCUUCCUGAUGUUUGGCCAGCGAUUCCAGACCUACAUCCAGUACUGCCUGCGGGUGAAGCAGACCAUGGCCUACGCCCGGGAGCAGCAAGAUACGAACCCUCCCUUCCGCGCCUUCGUGCAGUGGUGUGAGAAGCACAAGCUCUCGGGGAGGCAGACGCUGGGCGACCUUCUCAUCAAGCCCCAACAGCGCAUCACCAAGUACCCGCUGCUGCUCCAGGCCGUGUGCAAGAGGACCCCGACCCCCCGGGCCCGGGAGGCUCUGACGGCCAUAGUGGGCCACCAGGAGGCGUCCUCUCGCCCUUUGGGGAAGGGCAGAGGGAGAAAGGUGCUGGUGGCAGCACAGGGGGCGCCCUUGGCCGGGAUGUUGAGACAGCCUGUCCAGCUCCCUGACCCUCCCCUCUGGGGCCCUCAGUACCUGCGACAGUUCUCCACCCUGGACCUGAUGGCCCCCGUGCUGGGGGUUGCCCCCGAGCACACCAGACAGCUGCUGCUGGACGGACCUGUGCGCGUAAAGGAGGGGCGAGAAGGGAAGCUGGACGUGCACCUGUUCCUCUUCUCUGAUGUCCUCCUGGUGACCAAGCCCCAGCGCAAGGCGGACAAAGCCAAGGUCAUCCGCCCCCCUCUCAUGCUGGAGAGGCUUGUGUGCCAACCCCUGCGAGACCCAAGCAGCUUCCUGGUGAUCCAUCUCACCGAAUUCCAGUGCGUGUCCAGCGCCCUCACUGUGCACUGCCCCAGCGCCACGGUCUGUACCCGGUGGCUGCAGAAGACCAAGCAGGCCCAGGACACCCUGCAGAAGCUGAAGGCAGAGGAGUACGUCCAGCAGAAGAGAGGGCUCCUGGCCCUCUAUCGGGACCAGGAGAGGGAGUGCCCCAGCACCAGGCCCUCCACGCCCUCCCUGGAGGGCUCUCAGAGCAGUGCGGACGGGAGGACUUCGGAGUUCUCCACCAGCAUCCCCCACCUGGUGGUGACCGAGGACACGGACGAGGACUCCCCGGCUGCUCCGGACGACACCUCGGACUCUGGCUACGGCACCCUGGUCCCGAGCUCCCCCAAGGGCUGCCGCUCCCCGCUGAGCCGGCUUCGCCAGCGGGCCCUUCGGCGGGACCCUCGUCUCAGCUUCUCCACCCUUGCCCUCCGCGCCGUUCCGCGGCGCCCCCGGCCUCCCGACCCCCAAGCUGCCCAGCGCCGAAGCGCGCCCGAACUGCCGGCAGCGACCCGCCAAGGAUGGAGUCUUCCCCGGGGGGGCGCGCCGGCCUGGUCCGAGGACGAAGACGGGGCCUCA